AUGAAGGUCCUUAAAAACAUUCCACUGAUAGUUCUUCUGGUGUAUUUCAGCCUCAGUGAAGGGCUCCAGAGAGCACCCAAAAUCACAACAUUGCUCGAGACAGUGGACGUCUCUCUGGAUCAUAACGCAACUUUCAUCUGUGAGGUUGAUUCAUACCCUCAAGCUGAUAUUACAUGGACGCGGAAUAACUACCCAAUACGGUAUUACGAUUCCAGAUACAUUAUACAAGAAAAUGGCCAAAUGCUGAUCAUUCCCAAUGUAAAGGAUUCAGACAAUGGAGAAUACUGUUGCGUUGUAAGCAAUGGGAUUGGAGAACCGGCCAAGAGCUGUGGAGCUUUACAGCUGAAAAUGAAGCCUCAAAUCAAAAGACAUCCUACUAACAUGACAUUGAUUGUAGAGUCCAAAGCAGUGUUGCCAUGUUUAACAAUAGGAUAUCCAAAACCCGGUAUAUCCUGGAUUAAAGAAGAUGAUUUGAUAAAGGUUAAUAGUCGUAUAUCAGUUUUGGAAUCUGGUUCCCUAAAAAUUAACAACAUCAAGAAAGAGGACGCUGGACAGUAUCGCUGUGUGGCCAGGAACAGUUUUGGAAUCGUGUACUCCAAACCAGUCACUAUUGAAGUGCAAGCUCCUGCCAAGAUACUGAAAGUUCCCAAGGAGAAGAAAGUUCAGAUCGGAUCAGAGGUUACGCUGGAGUGUAAUGCCACUGGCAACCCUAUCCCAUCCAUAACUUGGCUUGAGAACGGCAAUACGAUUUCUGGCGCGUCAGUGGAGGAGACGCUGGUGGAUGAAGUCAUCGUGUCUGUUCUGCGCGUGGUGGUUCAUAAACCCGCUCUCUACACCUGUCAGGCUACUAACCAGCACAGCGGAGGAGCCAACACCGUCAAAGCCACGGCUAAAAUAACUGUCUCAGAAUGGAGACUGUACAAAGGCAGCGCAGGCUACUGCAGCACAUACAGAGGCGACGUGUGUCGGAACGAGCUCCGUCAGGACAUGCUGGUAUUUUUUAACUAUUCUCUUCCGAACCCGGAGGACGCUCAGGAGUACCUGGCACAGAGCGCAUGGGGGGAGCUGGACGGGGUGAGCUCAUUCUGCAGGCCCGCCGCCAGAUCACUGCUCUGCCACGCCACCUUCCAGGACUGCAACCCGUCUGGACUCGGACCAGCACCAAAACCCAUCUGCAGGGAGCACUGUCUGGCUGUGAAAGAGCUGUACUGUUAUAAGGAGUGGCGCUCUGCUGAGGAACGAUCUCUUAGAGGGUUCCAACAUAGCAUCACUCUCCCAGAAUGCACCUCUCUACCCAGCCAACAAGCAGACCCAUCCUCAUGCACAGCGGUUCCUUACGUUGAUCUCAAUAAAGACCAAGUUACAACAACAUGUUACAGUGACAAAGGAAGGUUUUACCAAGGAACUCACAACAUGACAGCAUCUUCCAUUCCCUGUCAGCGAUGGAACCAGCAGGAUCCCCAUCAACAUAGACUCUCUGUAGAUGUGAUUCCUGAGUUGCGAAAUGCAGAAAACUACUGUCGUAACCCAGGAGGAGAGAGUGACAGGCCAUGGUGCUACACCACAAACUCUAAUGUACGCUGGGAGUACUGUCUGGUGCCCAAAUGUGGAGAAGUUAUGAGUGUGAAGACUGCACCCUCCAUUACAAAACCAGUCCAGAUUUACCCGCCUCCUCCUGUGUCUACAGCCUACUCAAUGAGCGUUAUCAUCUUCGUCAUUUCUGGCUUCGCUGGGGCGGCCUUCUUUACCAUUCUCAUCCUCAUGUGCCAUAGGCGAAAGAAAAUGUGGCAAAAGAGGAAAAGUAGAGUGCUGGAGACGCCUACUCUGACUACACUCCCCUCAGAGCUCUUGCUGGACCGACUUCAUCCCAACCCCAUGUACCAACGACUGCCUCUCCUUCUCAACUCUAAGCUCCUCAGUCUCGAAUAUCCACGCAACAACAUUGAAUAUGUCCGUGAUAUUGGAGAGGGGGCCUUCGGUAGGGUGUUUCAGGCAAGAGCCCCUGGUCUUUUGCCAAUGGAGCCGUUCACCAUGGUGGCAGUGAAGAUGUUGAAGGAGGAAGCUUCGGCUGAUAUGCAGAAUGACUUUCAAAGAGAAGCUGCACUUAUGGCUGAGUUUGAUCACCCCAACAUUGUCCGUCUCCUAGGAGUCUGUGCGGUGGGGAAGCCCAUGUGUCUCAUGUUUGAAUACAUGGCCUAUGGGGACUUGAACGAAUUCCUGCGACGGCGCUCUUCAACCCAGCAGCCCAGUCUAAGUCGGGAUACCUUGACUUGCAGCAGUCUGGUGUCAGAACCUGAGCGUUACCCACCCCUCAGCUGCCUGGAGCAGCUCUCCAUUUCCAAGCAGGUGGCGGCAGGAAUGGCGUACUUGUCGGAACGCAAGUUUGUGCACCGUGACCUAGCUACCCGCAACUGUUUGGUUGCCGAAAACCUGGUUGUGAAAAUUGCGGAUUUUGGUCUCUCACGCAACAUCUAUGCUGCAGAUUAUUACAAAGCCAGUGAAAACGAUGCCAUCCCAAUUCGCUGGAUGCCACCCGAAUCUAUCUUCUACAACCGCUACACCAGCGAGUCAGAUGUGUGGGCUUAUGGUGUGGUAUUAUGGGAAAUCUUCUCAUAUGGCAUGCAGCCAUACUAUGGCAUGGCCCAUGAGGAGGUCAUCUACUAUGUAAGGGAUGGAAAUGUGCUCGUCUGUCCAGAGAACUGUCCACAGGAGUUGUAUAAUCUCAUGCGUUUGUGUUGGAGCACUCAUCCCACUGACCGGCCUAGUUUCGCAAGCAUUCACCGCAUCCUGGAAAGAAUGCAUGACCAGAUGCUCCAAUCUGGCCUUUCUUGAGGAUCUCUAAAAAUGCAAUUCAAAGAACCGAAAAGCUCCAAUCUUAAAGGAACUCGUUAAAAUCCCAAAGAGCCCUGAGGGGUCUUAAAGAAGGAUAAAACAUUUUUAGGUAUCCACAAGAGCUGAAGACAACCCAGCAACAUUUUAAGUGCCCAUAUACUCAAGAAACCAGAGGAACAUUGAGGAAUGAGUAAGAAGCCUGAAAUGAUUGAAAAGGCUCUCACACCUUGAGGAAUAUUGAUCCCUUAAACUCUUUGAAGACGAGUUUGCUCGCAUCUGUUCAAAGGAUCCCGUUUGAUUUCUUUCAAUGAGACAGAUGUAUGGCAGACAUCAGAUGAGUGCUAGUCAAGGUUUGAGGUGAUUCAUAUUAACAGGAUCACCAGUAAUGAAGUUUAAUGUACAAUCACUGCAAUAAUCUAGACUGAAAUCUCUGCAAGCAGAGACAUACAGUAUAAAUGCCUGAUAUUUGUACUUUUCAUCGCUUUUAUAUCUAUUUUGAGUAAAAAUCCGAGAGUAUUAUGCAUCUGUUAGUAACAUUCUUUAAUAAAGUUCAUUCAAUAACAUGCUAUAGUGCUUAAAGCUGAACAAUGUUGUCAUUGAUUAAUUUAGAUUUAAAACAUUUAAAUAGAAUAGCUUAUUCCAAAGUGGCACAUCAUCACUUUACUUUAUGUUGUAACUAAGCAGUUUUGUUAAUUUCUCAUUAAUUGAUAUUCCAGGAUACUAUCUUUCUCUGUGUGUUCUCGGUUAUAUUUUUGAGUGAAACACUGUAUCAGAAAAUAUUGUAGAGAAGUUUAUGUAGAAUAUUUUUGAACGAUUUCUUAAGAUCAUAUCUCAUAAUUCAUAAACAAAACUGAAUGUGUAUGAACUAUAUGCGUUUUAUCAUAAAUUGAGAUGAAGACAUCUGCUUAAUUUUAGCUUUUAACAAUUAAUCUGUUUGAUGGUCCCAUAUACACUACCAGCCAACAAACAAUAAAACCUAUUAAAAUGAAGUAGUCACCCCUUUGUCUAGAUUAUAACACUGCUUACACUUAAAGCCCUUUACAUACUGGUGCAUUCUGGGAUACUUUAUAAACAGUAUUAUAUGAGUGUCCAUGUGUACCUAACACUUUACUUCAUCUGAUACAACUCACCCAUUUCAUUUUCAGUUCAAUUCAGUUCAGCAUGUCCGAACUUCUGACAGGUAUUUAAAAUCUCAAAAAAAAAAAAAAAAAAAAAGCUUUGGGAAUCUGCUAUUAUACACGCAUAGCAUGACCUAUUUUUUUUGUGCUAUUAUGUCAUUAUUGUAUGAUUACACAAUUUUAGACCAACUAUGUUAAUAAAGUGGUUAAAUUAGUUAUAUGAA